AUGGCUAGCGCCUCUGCAGGGGCAGCACCUCCUCCAGGUCUCAUUCCAGUUUACGCCACUACAGCAACGACAUCAGCCUGUUCCGACACAUUUAAGACAGAAUUCCAUCCCCACAGUGGUCGCCCUGAAACUGUCGAGACGUUUUCUGCUUACGGGGGCGGAUCGGCAACACGUUCACCCAUUACUAAUGAGCUGUUGAAGUUCAUCUGGCGAGUUGCAGAUGGACACACAAAGUUUUCGUUCAAAACACACUUCCAAAAACACAUUAUACCUGUUGAGUACAAGAAGGAGGUGAUCGAGUAUGAAUUUUAUUCGCGGCCUUUGUGGGACUGGACAAUGGACCUAUUAGCCAAUCCAUUGUUGGCUCCGCACUUUUCAUCAUUACCUGAGAAUGGAGCGCCGUUUGCGUUCAUACUAUAUGCCGACAAAACUCAUCUCUCGUCGGCUGGUACUGUCAAAGCAUACCCGGUAAUCACCCGUUGCGGGAAUCUACCAGUUGAUAUCAGAAAUGUUGAUGGUACCGGAGGAGGGCGCAUGGUAGGGUGGUUACCAAUUGUUCCCGAGGACUCAGACGAAGACAGCAAACUUUCCUAUACAAAUCUGAAGCGUGUUGUAUGGCACGAAUCAUUUUCAAUCCUACUCGUAACUAUCAUACUCUUAUCUGCAACUGGCUUCGCACAUGAGUGCUACGACGGAACUCAACGCUUGCUAUUUCCCUUGAUUCUAAUCCUAUCAGCCGAUUAUGAAGAGCAAGAAGCGCUCACCAACCAUUCAACAACUUACCCGAAGCGCACCGUUGAAGAUGCACAAAAUCGGGUCGCAUUGUGGUCCAGAGACCAUGUUAGCUUGAGGCCUAUCAAGAAUGCAUUUUGGAAGGUUAGGCUGUUGGACCCGCACGAUGCGCUCUCGCAAGAUCUGCUACAUGUUUACCAUAAGGGAAAGUUUGGUGAUCACUUAUUCGAUGAGUGCAAGAAACACCUCAAGGCACUGGGACGUGUUGCCGAGAAGAUGGUUGAUGAACAGUUUGAUGUGUUUCUGCGAUGGCGAAACCUCAAUCAUUUUGACUGUGUUACCAACAUCUAUUUUACUGACAGCAACAAGUUCCAGGAUAUAUCUAAGGUACUGAGCUAUCUUCACAUUGAUAUGUAUGUAUCUCUUGAUGUUCAUACUGAAAGUACUCUUGCAGCUGGAGAGGCGGAGAUCCUCAUGUUUCAGGAACUGUUAGAUGAAUACAUUGAGGCCCUUGGCGAUGAUGCAACAAAAAAUUGGAAUUUCCCCAAGGCUCAUGCCUCAAAGCAUGUAUUUACUGACAUUAGGGAGAAAGGAGCAGCUCAAAACUUCAGCACCAGACCGAAUGAGAAGCAACAUGGACCGAUUAAAUGUGCAUACAAAUUGCAAACAAACGGGAAGGAUAUCGCAAAUCAGCCUUUUGGUGGACAUAUUUACCUUGGCGCUCCACAACGCUCACUAACCCUUUUGCAACUCAAUGAAGAAAACACCUCCAACCCUGCCUUUGCGCAGUUCUGCAAGAAACUUUCAUUGUUCCUCAACAAUGUUCUACCUGCCCACAACAUACCACUUCCUGACGGAAAAAUGUGGCUAAGACUUUCAGCACAAGAUACAGUCCAGGAGCAUUGGUUCCUCAAGGUCAAUUAUGAGUCUGUCGUGGAUUGGAAGCUCGCUACAGACUAUUUGUGGUGUAACCCGAGCUUUCAUGGCCAUGAGCGACACAACUGCGCCCUGAUUUGCACCAACGACAAGGACGGCAAUGACAAUAAUAUUUUUGUUCGCAUCUUGUUUAUGUUCAAGCACACAGUUGGCAGCAAGGUUUUAGAUCUUGCUUUAGUUCAAACUAUGGAUGCGCGAAUGGGUCCACAACGUAUUAUCGAUCGACAUUUGCGACUGACUCACCUUCGUGUGCGACCCCUGGCUUCGUCAGAAUUCAUCACGCUUCACUCUAUCAUUCGUGGUGUAUUAAUUGUUCCGGACUUUGCUGUUCCCGGAGAUCAUUUCCUUGUUGAUUAUGUAGACACUGACAUAUUUCUUCGUUCUCAGAGAUGA